AUGUCUCCCAUCACCCAACCUGAGCAACAUGGAUCCACCGGCCCCUCGAGAGCCAGCAGGAUGUCGCCUGCGCGCCUUGCAAGGAAAAGACAGGCAGAUAGAGAGUCGCAAAAGGCAUCUCGCUUAAAGCAGAAAAACUACAUUGCACAUCUGGAGGCCUUGGUUAAGUCCUUGGAUGCCUCGGCGGGCUCCGACCCGGUCGAGCUGCUGAAACAGCAGGGUGCAGAAAAUGUCGAGAUCAAGAAGGCUCUGACAACUAUCUGCAAAAUCGCCCAGACGGCACUCGGGGUGGGCGCGGGCAACGGUCGUUCUUUGGAGACCUCUUCGCCCGACCCCAUGACCGAUCAAGGCGACAUCAAAGACAUGAAGCCUGACCGCCCUAAACUUCGAAAAAUCCAGCCUUCUCAGACCUCCAAAUUAGAUUACGAUGCGGAUAUUGUCAAAUCCAUGGGAGAAUCCGACACCGCAAUUCUUUCCGUCGCUGAAGCCCACCCGCAUGCCGCCAAUUUUCCUUCCAUGUUCACGGACGAUGAUACAAACUUGGGAGAGUUCAUUCACCAUGAUCUCCUAGACUUCCCAAUCCGAGAGCCUGCCGUGCAACAGACUUUGGAUACGUCAGAACUCCUCUGUACCAGAGACGCCUUGCCCAUGAGUCAACCGGGUGCUAGUUCCUGGGUGUUUCCGCCACUACCGGAGUCUUUGCCGUUGCGCACCCACCACCAGGAUACCGGGGGCCGGGACUGGGUAUCGACGGUAAACCUCCUAAUUGCACCUGUUGUGUUUCCACUUGAAACCCCAGACGAUGCACUGGAUGGAGACAUUCCGAUCUCUGCCGUGUUGCGUGGCUGGGAUGCAGUCGAAGCUCGGCGACCGCUGGAUCCUGGCUGGAAGGUUCUUCGAGAAAUUGAUCAAAAUAUCUUUAUCGGAUGCGGUAUCGCUGAAAGAUUGGCGGUCUUGCGGAUCAUGAGGUUGAUGUGCCACUAUAUGACGACUGCAGAACGUCGCCCAGAACUGCCUCCCUUUAUGCUGAAACGGCCCUGUCAGGAGCACAUCAAACAUCACCCAAUGAUUGACUAUCUCGUAUGGCCCGGCCUCCGCGAAAGAUUAAUUUUCUCGCAGCAAAAGUUCGCCGCGGACGCAGAUCGAUAUACCGAACUCUUCCGUGCCAACUUCCGCUUUCUGUGGCCAUUUGAACCCGAAGACAUCUAUUACAGGGACCCAGAAACAGGCCGUUAUGCAUUCUCCGAGCAGUUUAUCGGUCGGACGGAGGAUCUCUCCUGUUGGACAAUGCACAAUGACUAUUUUAUCGCCUUACCCGAGCUGCGUGGGGAUAUUCCUGGAUUCCCACAAGCUUCAAUCUACAGCUUGAGUCAACAGCCUUCGGCUGCACAGCAGUCUGUUCAGCGGAGACCUCCAACCAGGUCAGGAGACGGCGAUGAGCCCUCCCGCAGUGACAAGUGCUCGAUCGGCAUAGAUUUUCCUCAUGCCAUGUGGGGAAGAAUGUCACCAGUAUCUUAG